UCUGCAUGUUUCAAUACAUGAAAGAAUGCCCAAAAAAAAUAAAACUAGAGAUGUUGAUCGACCUGAGCUUCAUAUCAUGCAUUAUCUCAGUCACUCUGAUUAUAAGUUAAGAAUGUUGACAUGUGAGCAUCCUGUUCCUCCGGAUCGGUACAAUGAUAGGGUAGAGGAGCAGCUACGACUUACUGGCUUUUACCAUGCAUCACAGAUUGGGGUAGUCCAAUGUCAAAAGGCAUUGGUGAAUGCUUUAAUCGAGAGGUGGCACCCGGACACACAUACGUUUCACCUUCCCAUUGGUGAAUGUGCCGUCACUCUUGAAGACGUUGCUCUAAUACUUGGUCUUCCAACGGACGGACUUCCAGUUACAGGGAUGACAUUGAGUAGUUUCGAAGCGUUGGAGGCUGAGUGUUUGCAUCAAUUCGGAGUUGCACCGCGUAAGUCGGAGUGUAGAGGCAGUUGCAUUAAAUUGAGUUGGCUUCGGGACCUUAAAGAAAAUUUACCCUUGACUGAUGAAGUUGGUAUACAGAGGUAUGUCAAAUGCCACAUUAUGUUGCUUAUCGGGACGAUCUUGUUUGGGGAUAAAUCAGGUGCAGCAGGUGUGCACUGGAAGUUUCUUCCAUUGCUACGUGAAUUUGGUAGUAUUAUACAAUACAGUUGGGGAUCUGCAUGCCUAGCACACCUCUAUAGGGCAUUAUGCCGGGCAUCUCGAGUUGACUGUAAAGGCAUAGAUGGCCCACUAACACUUCUUCUCGGUUGGGCUUGGAUGCGGCUCCCAUAUCUAUCGCCGGUUCCUAGGGAGCCCCGCAGUUUCCCGCUAGCAAACAGGUGGCGGAACUGGGAGCGGGGUGACCGACGAUAUAGAUAUAUGAAGCUAGCUGACUUUAGGAAGGCCUUUGAUGAACUUUAG